AUGCAUCCCUAUUCUCUGAUUGUUGAACUACUCUUCGCAGUAAUAGGUUUUGGUGCAUCACAUGAGGCACCAGCAAAAAAUACGGUAACAUCCAAAGAUGCUACCAAGAUAACACUGCCGAAUUGCGAGGUAAAAGCGACAAGCCCACCAAGAGUGACAGCUGCAGAAGAAUUUCUCGAGAUCAUCUCAAUGAGAAACAAAACGGUCGAUGAGAUCGAAAAGCAAUUCCGAGCUUGGGCCGACAAACAAGGUGGCGAUGUUAAGGAGAACUAUAACAAGGCUGCAGCUAAGCUUGCUGAGAUUGUUCAUGCUGUAGAUGAGGUCGCAGAAAGCUCACCGCUGGAAGCGCAUGGUAGAGCUGCCUUCGACAACAUUGAAGAUCUGUUGAUGAACAGAAACGAAACGAUUGCUGAAGAAAUUAGAACAAUUACGGAUUACGUGAAACAGUUAGCCAACGAGACAAGCCGUGAAAUGCGUGAAUUUAUUCAGAACGAAAAGGCGAAGAUUAAUGAAAAGAUUGAACAUUGA